UACUAGAACCUUCAGGGCUUCAAUCCAGUAGUAGUAUGCCGAAUUCCAAUUUUGUUGCCGUCGAUUAAUCUGAAUUCAUAUGAGGCUAUAAGUAACAAUCUCCGACGACAUUUCCGGCGAAAAAAAUUUGCCUAGUCCAUUGGCAAAGUAACUUCUCAGUUGCACUUCUUUCCUUUUGUUAAACCAAUGCCUCGGUAUUACUGUGAUUAUUGUGACACUUACUUGACACAUGAUUCACCUUCUGUCAGAAAACAGCAUAAUGCCGGUUACAAACACAAGGCUAAUGUACGGUCUUAUUAUCUGAAGCUUGAGGAGGAGCAAACACAGAUUCUGAUAGAUCAGAAAAUUAAGGAGCGCCUUGGGCAAGCAGUAGCCUACCAGCAAAUAGGUGCAGCUUAUAAUCAACAUCUUGCUGCCUUCCCUGGUCAACGACCCCGCCUACCUAUGAUGCCACCUCCUAUGCUGCCUGUUCCAGCAGCUAUGCCCCCACAAUUAAUGGCAGGUGCCAGGCCUCCCACUUUGCCAAAUCCAGUUAUUGGUGCUCCAGGUUAUUCAGCGGUUCCUCCAAUUGCACCAAUUGCAGGGCAGAUGCCCCCUGUUUCAUCCUUGCCGAUGCAACCCAAUGCUCUUCCAGCUCCUCCUGCACUGAACCCCCUUGCAGGUGUUCCAGGUGGAGCCCCUCCACCUACUCUAGGCAGCGCCCCUUUUCCUGCUACACAAUCAACGUACCAGCCAAAUCCCAAUGGAAUUGCUGCCUCUUCUGCAAAUGGGACAACAACCAGCUAAGUUUGUACUCAAGCCAGUGAUAUUUGGACCGUCUUCUGUAUUCUCGGUAGGAUAUUUAUGAUUAUGGAUGAAAUGGCAAAGGAGCAAUGGUUUCUUAAUGAGUACCAGUACUGAACAUCAAGUUCUCCUGAUAAUUGUAGAGAAGAUAGAGAACUUUUUUAUCCAAGGUUUAUUCUAGGAAGAAUAUUAGGUCCUUGAUCUGAUCUAACGAGUAUUGGCUGGUUCUUAUGUAUUGUACCUUAAAUCUUAAAAAAGGAACCUUGGAGUUUGUCAGUACUAUUCUACUAAUAACCUUUAAUUGGA